CGAGCGACGAAGUCAUUCGUUCUCGGACGCGUCAGUCACAAUGGAGUGGUCGUGGUCGCCGUUAUUCUCGUCGCCUUUUGCGCUUUCAUUAACAACUUUGUUCGCUAUUGGCGUACUGAAAUUGGUCGUCGUUCUAUAUCAUGUGUACACUUACUGGAAGAAAAGAGGUGUCCCUUAUAUACGAGCGGUUCCGAAUUUGGGGUCGCCUUGGAUACUGUUGUUUCGACGCAUGAGCUUCCCCGACUUUAACAAGCACAUCUACUAUUAUGACCCGAACGCUAAAUACAUUGGCAUGAUGGACAAAGCCACACCAGUCGUUGUUCUCCGCGAUCUCGAGCUCAUCAAAGAUGUCAUGGUGAAGGAUUUCGAACAUUUUACCGAUCAUGCCGUUAUAGUGACUGAAGAAUGUGACCCCUUGUUUGGUAAGAAUAUCUUUUCCUUGUGCGGUGAUCGCUGGAAAGAAAUGAGAAACACGUUGAGCCCCUCUUUCACCUCCAGUAAGAUGAAAGUUAUGUUCGAGCUAGUGUCAAGAUGUUCCCACGAAUUCACCGAAUAUCUGGCGGAUCAUCCGGAACUAUGGUCCUCUAUCGACACGAGGGACGCCUUCAGGCGAUACGCCACUGAUGUAAUCGCCACGUCGGCUUUCGGCAUAAGCAUUAAUUCCAUGAAGGAGCGUAAUAACGAAUUCUUUAUAAGAGGCGUGGAGGCCAGCAAUUUCCAAAGCUUUGUGGCCGUAUUGAAGUUAGUGUUAUUCCACACGACGCCACGGUUAAUGAAGGCACUAGGAAUAGAUUUUUUUUCGUCGGCUACAUCCCAAUUCUUCAAGAGAAUCGUGGCUGAGACCAUUAAAAUGCGCGAAGAGCAAGGAAUCGUACGACCGGACAUGAUUCACUUAUUGAUGCAAGCUAGGAAUAAAGAGGGUCAUAGUAGUGUGCACGAUAUGACGUUGGACGAUAUCGUGUCGCAGGCAUUCAUUUUCUUUUUGGCCGGCUUUCAUACGUCUUCGACAAUAAUGUGUUUUCUUGUACAUGAACUCGCGGUUCACCGAGAUAUACAGGAUCGUCUAUAUGAGGAAAUAGAACGACAUCUCGCCGAGGGAAACGGCGAAAUCUCCUACGAGUUAAUGUCGAAGAUGACUUACUUGGACAUGGUGGUGUCGGAAGCUCUUCGGAAGUAUCCGCCAGCGCUCUUCAUUGAUAGGAUCUGUGUAAAGAGUUAUAAGCUAUCUCCGUCGAAGCCGGGCUGCAAAAGCGUGAUCAUCGAGCCCACGUCCAAGAUUUGGAUACCUGCUUACGCGUUGCACCAUGAUCCCAAUUAUUUCCCUGACCCGUACAAAUUCGACCCCGAGAGAUUCGGCGACGAGAAUAAGGACAACAUCGUGCCGUAUACAUAUAUGCCCUUCGGCCUCGGGCCCAGGAAGUGCAUCGCCAAUCGUUUCGCUUUCAUGGAGGUAAAACUCGUGAUGGUUCGUCUCCUACAGAAAUUUAUCUUCAAGACCACGGAGAAGACUGUCGACCCUAUGGUAUACGAUAAAAAUGUGUUCUCGUUGCAACCUGAUGGUGGGUUUUGGAUUUCAUUGGAGAAAAGGGAAAAACGACGAAGCCAUUUGUUCACGGACGUGUCGAUCACGAUGGAGUCAUCGUCGUUGUCGUUAUUUUCAUCGUCUUUUGUGCUUUUAUUAACAACUUUGUGCACUAUCGGCGUGUUGAAAUUUCUCGCUGUUCUGUACGAUGUUUAUACUUACUGGAGUAAAAGAGGCGUCCCACAUAUACGAACAAUUCCGACUUUGGGGACUCCUUGGCAAGUGAUCUUUCGACGCAUAAGCUUCCCCGACUAUACCAAAUUCGUCUACAAUUAUGACCAGGACGCGAAAUACAUCGGACUAAUGGACAUGGCCACUCCUCUUGUUCUUCUGCGCGACCCCCAGCUGAUAAAAGAUGUCAUGGUGAAAGAUUUCGAACAUUUUCCGGGGCAUUCCACCUUUGCGAAUGAAGAAUUAGAUCCCUUGUUCGGUAAGAACGUCUUUUCCUUGCACGGUGAUCGUUGGAAAGAAAUGAGGAACACGUUGAGUCCCUCUUUCACCGCCAACAAGAUGAAAACCAUGUUCGGGCUGGUGUCGAAAUGUUCCCGCGAAUUCGCCGAAUACCUGGCGGAUCAUCCAGAGCUGUGCUCCUCUGUCGAUACGAAGGAGGUCUUCAGACGGUACACCACCGACGUAAUCGCCACAUCGGCCUUCGGUAUAAGUGUGAAUUCCAUGAAGGAUCGAAACAACGAAUUCUUCACGAGAGGAUUGGAGGCUACCAAUUUCGGUAACUUUGUGUCUAUAUUGAAGUUCAUAUUAUUCCGCGCGGCACCGCGAUUUGCGAAGUCAAUAGGUCUGAACUUCUUCCCGUCGGCUACGACCCAAUUCUUCAGAAGAAUCGUAGCAGAGACCAUUAAAACCCGCGAUGAGCAAGGUAUCGUUCGCCCGGACAUGAUUCAUUUAUUGAUGCAAGCUCGUAACAAGGAGGGACCCAAUGUGCACACAAUGACGCUGGACGACAUCGUGUCACAGGCCUUUAUCUUCUUCUUCGCUGGCUUUGAAACGUCCUCCACGUUGAUGUGCUUCCUCGCUCAUGAGCUCGCGAUUAGCCGAGACAUUCAGGAUCGCCUGUUUGAAGAGGUGGAACGACAUUUCGCGGAGGAAAACGGCGAGAUCUCUUAUGAGACUGUAUCGAAGAUGACUUAUCUGGAUAUGGUGGUGUCCGAAACUCUGCGGAAGUAUCCGCCGAUGUUUGUCACCGACAGACUCUGCGCGAAGAGUUAUGAACUACAUCCGGCGAAGCCUGGUUGCAAGAGUGUGAUCCUCGAGCCCAAUUCCUUGACGUGGACGCCUAUUUACGCGUUACACCAUGAUCCCAAAUAUUUCCCGAAUCCGUCUGUGUUCGAUCCUGAGAGGUUCAGCGACGAGAACAAGGAUAAUAUUGUGCCGUAUUCAUAUGUACCCUUCGGCGUCGGGCCUAGGAUGUGCAUCGCCAAUCGUUUUGCUCUCAUGGAGACGAAACUCUUGAUAGUUCAUCUCCUACAGAAAUUCAUUUUCAAGGUCACAGAGAAGACCGUCGAGUCCGUAGUGUUCGAUAAAACACAGUUUUCGUUGCAACCUGAUGGCGGAUUCUGGAUUGCAUUGGAGAAGAGGAAAUAGUAAAUUGAGACCGGCAUUCGAAAUUACGUGCUUGAUUCUUGUUUAUCGACGAAUGGAAUGCUAUCAAUAUAUGAAAGUGGACUUACCGUUAUUACAAAUGUUUGGCACUGUGUAAAAAAGUAUAUCUUCAUUACUGUGGAGAAUGUGCAUCUAUAUCAUAUUUGUUUCGAAAUAUUCUCAUUUCGUUUUUAACGCAAUUUUAAAAUUAAAUUUCUGAAACAUAUUUUUAAUAUGAAAAAUUUCUAAAGCAUCAUAAAACUGCGCGGCCGUCGUUUCGGCAAAAUUGUUAUUGCUGUGUCACUCGUUUAAUUCAUUAAUAAUCUUAUUGAUGUGUAGAAUUCGAUGUUUUUGUUGAACAGUUCGUGUCUGAUCUUGCCACGCGCCACUUGUAAGAACUUCUGGCGAUAAGGACUUUUAGCGAUAAUUGCUUGUUAAACGUGUCUCAUCUUCGAGAAUUAGUUAGCAAGUGUAUUGGACAAAGGUGGAAAAAAUAGAUAAAGUAUAUAUUAGAGAUAUGUAUAUUUCAAUAUGUAUUAUUGUAAAAAUAAUAAAUUCUUUUUAACUGAUUAGAUCUUUUAUA